AUGAAAGACAACGGACUACGAAAGAAGCAGCACUUCUAUAUUGGGAAGAAGUCAUGUGACGGAAUACAAGCAAUAGGUCAUGUUUCUCCAGAAAAUCCGCUCACCUGUGUGGGCGUGGUCAGGUCAAACGCUUUGCUCUUUGGAAAGGUCACUGGUUCAUCCCAGCAGGUGCACACCAUGGGCUCAGGCAGACCAGCAGAGGUGAUCCACUUCCAGACACGGGACUCCAAGCUCCACGCCGCCGCCACACUGCCUCCUGAUGAGCCUAUAUGGUGGCCUCAGAGCUCCGAGUGCGUCUUUCUGCUCAACGAGGGUUCAGCCGAUUCCUACACUAGUCGACCCUCUGAUUCCGACCUGUCCCUGGAGGAGGACCAGGAGGCGUCUCGGCGUGAAGCCGAGCGCCAGGCUCAGCUGCAGCUAGAGAGAGCCAAGUCUAAACCAGUGGCCUUUGCAGUGAAAACAAAUGUUAGUUAUUGUGGAGCCCUGGAUGAAGAUUGUCCGGCCCAAGGUGCAGCCAUUAAUUUUGAAACCAAAGACUUUCUGCACAUUAAAGAGAAAUACAAUAAUGAUUGGUGGAUUGGUCGACUGGUGAAGGAGGGAGCCGACAUCACUUUCAUCCCCAGCCCUGUCAAGCUGGAGGCCAUCAGGAUAAAACAAGAGCAGAAAGCAGCAGCAAGGAAAGGAGGGAAUGCGUCAUCCGGGGGUUGGAGAUCGACGCCGCCAUCUGCAGCCAAACAGAAGCAGAAACAGACUGAACUUGUUCCUCCAUACGAUGUGGUUCCUUCUAUGCGGCCAGUGGUGCUUGUGGGACCUUCGCUAAAAGGUUAUGAGGUGACAGAUAUGAUGCAGAAAGCCUUGUUUGAUUUCCUAAAGCACAGGUUUGAUGGCAGGAUCUCCAUUACACGGGUGACUGCUGACCUGUCACUGGCGAAGCGUUCUGUUCUCAACAAGAAGACCAUCAUGGAGAGAUCCAACAUGCGCUCCAGUCUAGCUGAGGUGCAGAGUGAGAUAGAAAGAAUCUUCGAGCUUGCCAAAUCUCUCCAGCUGGUCGUCCUGGAUGCAGACACCAUCAAUCACCCUGCACAGCUUCUCAAAACCUCGUUGGCCCCCAUCAUCGUCUACGUCAAAGUGUCAUCGCCCAAAGUUCUACAGAGGCUGAUCAAAUCCCGAGGCAAAUCGCAGAGCAAACACCUCAACGUCCAGAUGAUGGCGGGGGACAAGCUUGCGCAGUGUCCGCCUGAAAUGUUUGACGUCAUCCUGGAUGAGAACCAGUUGGAAGAUGCAUGCGAACAUCUGGCUGAGUAUUUGGACAUUUAUUGGCGUGCUACACACCUUCCUUGUUCUGCCCCCGUCAACCCCGUACAGGACCAAAGCGUCAUCACCCCACCUUCUGCUAACUCCAGCCAACAGUUUUCUGAGACUCAGGAGUUGAUUGAGUGAUCCUUCCCUUUGACUACGGUAGCCUAGUUGUUGGUUGAGGCUGCACAGCACAGGGACAAGGGCACCACCAGGGGGCAGCAGCUGCAGCAGGCCCUCGUCUCUCCAUCCUCAAGUCCGAGCGAUUGGAUGGAAAGGGUACAGCCACAUCCUAGGGGGAUGAGGGAAGCCCCAUCAUUGAGAGCGCCUUCACCUCAGUGCUGCCCCCUAGGGGAUUGCCCCCGGGUCCCAACGCCACGUGACUACUCAGGGUCGCUUUCUACAGCUGCACAAUACAUACCCGGACACAGUACAGCAGAGCAGACAUUGCACGCCACCUCCGAAAGUCACGACCACUCUCCUCCGCCCUUCACCUGGCAAAGCUGAGCCAGCCCACACGUCCUCCUCAGAGGUGGCCGACCUUGACGCGAGCAAGGUGAUUCAGCACUUAUCUUCAUCAAAUGACAUGCUUAUAAAGGUCAGUCUGUGUUAGUGAUCAGUUAGAUAAAUAGUGUAGCAAAGUUGUCAUAUAUGAAAAGGGUUCAUCCCUCUGAGCAACGUAUUUCUCUGUCUUCCAUCUCUACAGCUCUACUGUGAGCUGACAUUCCACUUGAACCAAAUGUUUCCUGAAAAAGGCACAAAUAUGUCUAGUUGUCAGUUGGCAACACAGUGAAGUGGCUUUAUUUCCUUCUAAUAUUCUGUAGCUCUUUUUUUCCAUUUGUUUUAUAUAAACUAAUAUAUCAAGUUCAUAUCCGGACUAAUAUACUGUAGUAGCUGAUCACACGGUGACGCAUGACAAGCACAAAGUGGCAAAUCAACAGCCUUUUUGCAUUAUCGCCACAGUUAUGUGAUUAAACUCCAAACUUCCAAUUAA